CACAAAUCCCAGAUUGGAUUAAUUAAAAAUAAAAAGUAAAAAACACGCUCCUUGAUUUCACAGACCACCAUUUUAGAUAUACAUCAUCUCUCAAGAACAAAACAAAAAGAAGAUAUAUAGAAAUAAAAAACCCCAAUCCCAUCCAUCCUCCAAUUACAAACCCUAGAUUUAUUUUAUUCAGAAUCCAAUUAGGAUCCCACCACCAUCCUUCCCUUCCCAGUUCCCCUAUAUUUCUCGGUUUCGGCAUUAUCAAGUUUUAUUUAUUUUUACCCCUUCUGCGAAUCAUCCUUUCAUCUUCUUACCACAUUCAGCUUUGAUCUGGAAGUUGGCUGGUUUUAUAAUCACAUCACUGUGAAUCCUUUCUCUUCUCUGAUUUGGCACCCUUGGGUUGUUCUCUGGGACUGAAUUGUUCCUGGGUUUUGCUUUAGUUCGUCCGGCGAGUGGGAAAUCAAUCUUGGGUUGUGUGUCACUGAGCUUCGAUUCAGAGUGGGAAUUCAAAAAAAGUUGGCCCAGAAGUUAGGGGCCAAUUUUCCUUGAACUGGGUCUCAUCUGAAUUCGCGGGAAAUUCGAGUGUCUCUCUCGUUUUUCUGGGUUCGAAGUCUGGAGAUCAUUGGGUAUAUAUUGAGAUUUGGGUUUUCUUGAUUUGAGGGGGAGAGAAAGGGAGAUGAGAUGAGAGGGGGAUUAAGCUAUUGGGGCGCGGGGUUUAAGGAGGAGAGACAAUGAACGGAGGUUCAUUGGGGAUCCGCUCAGGGAGUUAUGGUUCAUUGGACAAACCGCAGCAAUUACAACAACAACAGAACGGUGGUAGUCAUCAUCUCUUGCCGAUUCAAUCGACAAUUCGGACUAAGCCCGCCAAGAUGUUCAAGGAGAAGGAUAGAUGCUUCCCUUGGCUCUUCAAGUUCGGCAGCCAGAGGAAGGUUGGAAUGCUGAUGCUCUGCGUAAUCUCUGCCGCAGUUUUCAUCUGGGUUUUGUAUCUAGGAAAAGGUGGAGAUGUACAGGACGGUGACCAGGUCCCAAACUUGAUCAGCCCGAACAUAAGUGUGAAUGUACAUAAACAGAACACAACAGCUUUGGUUCUUCCACCCCCUUCUCCUUCAUAUUUUUUGGGCUACUCUCUGCCUCCAGGACAUCCAUGCAAUACAUUCACUCUGCCUCCUCCACCAGCGGACAAGAAAAGAACUGGACCAAGACACAACAGUAGAAUUCUAAGGGAGCAGGAUAUGGUGUUGUUUCAAAAAGGGCCAGAGCUGUCAUUGUUGUUGAGAGGUUUUCGAUUUAGCCAUCAUGAUGGUGCUUUUCCACAAUGCUAAGUAUUUUCUGUUCUUCGUGUAUAUCAGCAUGUCCGGUAUGUUACCUGCCUGUGGAGGAAGCAAUUGCCUUGAUGCCAAAGCUUCCCUCCUAUUCUCCCGUGCUGAAGAAUUUGACAUACAUCUAUGAAAAUCCACUGACCAAGAAUGGGGAAUUUGGAGGCUCAGAUUUCGGUGGAUAUCCUACACUCGCUCAGAGAACCGACUCCUUUGAUAUUAGAGAAUCAAUGAGUGUGCACUGUGGGUUUGUUAGAGGUACGAGGGCUGGCCGGAAUACUGGAUAUGAUAUUGAUGAGGUUGAUCUAGAUGCAAUGGACCAGUGCAGGGGUGUGGUUGUUAUGUCAGCAAUAUUUGCGGCCUUUGAUAAUAUACAACAGCCAAGCAACAUCAGUGAGUAUUCGAAAAGAACUGUAUGCUUCUUUAUGUUUGUGGAUGAUGAAACAGAAGCCUAUCUGCAAAAUAGUGGGCAAUUAGGGGAGAGCAGGAAGGUUGGGGUAUGGAGAAUUGUUCUGAUCCAUAACCCUCCGUACACUGAUGGGAGACGCACUGGAAAGAUUCCGAAGCUGCUGGCCCAUAGGCUGUUUCCAAAUGCCCGCUACUCUAUAUGGAUUGAUGGGAAGCUUGAGUUGGUUGUUGAUCCAUAUCAAAUUCUUGAAAGGCAUCUGUGGAGAAAAAAUGCCACUUUUGCCAUCUCUCGACAUUACAAACGCUUUGAUGUCUUCAUCGAAGCCGAGGCAAACAAAGCUGCUGGGAAGUAUGAUAAUGCAUCCAUCGACUUCCAGAUUGAAUUCUACAAAAAGGAAGGCUUAACCCCUUACACUUUGGAUAAGCUUCCUAUUACAUCUGAUGUUCCUGAAGGAUGUGUCGUAAUUAGGGAGCAUGUUCCUAUCAGCAACCUCUUUGCUUGUCUUUGGUACAACGAAGUUGACCGAUUUACUUCAAGGGACCAGAUCAGCUUCGCUACAGUGAGGGAUAAGAUCAGGGCAAAGACGAAUUGGACUGUGAACAUGUUCUUGGAUUGUGAAAGAAGGAACUUUGUGGUUCAGAAAUACCAUAGAGAAGUUCUUGAGCACAUGUCUCCACCUCCCCCAUUGCCUCUUCCACCUGCACUGCCAGAAAUGCUGCCUCCGCCCACAAUACCUCAGGAAACUCCGAUGCGACGAGGAGGAGUGAGGCGUGGCAGAAGGGUCGGAGCAAGGCGGCACCGGAAAGUCGUUGCAGGUGACCGGGAGGGGGAACCAAUCAGCUGAUUUGAUGGCUGAUGGAAGGGAAUUUUUGUCCUGAAAGAGAGAAAGAAAGUAUCAUUCUUUGAUCUUCUUUUCCCUUCUUUGCAAGAGUCCAGUUUCACUGAGGGGAUCAGAGAGACCACCAAUUGUGCCUAAGGAGAAAAUGAGUGUUGUAGUUCUUCUACCUCAGAGAACCUUCUAAGUUUUGUUUUUCCACCAUUACCACCCUUUACUUACUUUUUUCAACCUCCCACAAAAAAAAUUCAAUUUAUCGAUAUUCAAUUUUUUGUUGUAUAUAGAGAAAACUUGUUGUCAUGGGUCAGUAAAUUAUCAUGGGCUGCUGCUGAAAAGUUCUGCAAAAAAUGGUGGUGACCCUUUUUGUUCCAGUAUUUCGAAGCUCAAACCAAUCUAUACCUUCACUCAGAACACAUUCUUGUUUAUCGGUUUAUGAGUUAGUUAUUAUUCUUUAUUUUCCAAAAA